AGACCGAAAAAGAUUUUAAUAUUUUCGCAGUCUGAAUAGUAUCUUGCUGUACGCAAGUUGUACGAAUUUAUUUAUUAAAAAUUCGCGAAAAAACAGUGACUAUGGAUCUUGCGCUUCCAUUUUAUUAUCCUUAUAAUUAUUAUCAAUUCAGAAAAUUAACAAGAAUUGUCGAUCCAAUUCCAUUGUAUCCCUACGAUUAUUAUAAAUUCACAAAAUUUACUAGAGAAGUGAUUAUGGAUCAACCAGCAAUUCCAUUGUAUCCAUUUGAUUAUUACAAAUUCAGAAAAGUCACUGUUCGCGUGGAACAUUUGCCACCAGUUCGUACAAUCAUGAUGAGAUCAGUGAUUCCUGAAAUUCCUCCAAGGGAACCAAAGAUAAUUCGUUUAACUGUAGAACAGGAAGCUGUUCUUCUGGAGCAAUUUAACAGAUGGCCAAAAAUCCCAAUGCACGCAGACAUCGUUCUCCUGGCUGCCGAAACCGGACUCUCCGAAGAAGACGUUCAUGAUUGGUAUACCUUGAGGCUUACACGGUUGAGAAAAGAACAAGGACUCGGUGGCAACUUUGGACUUGUUAAUUAACAAAAUUAUUCUAAAAUUUACAAAUAAUUUCGUUUCUUUAUGGCACAUGAUUCCUAUAUUAAUUUAAUUAAUUAAUGAGAAUAUUUAAUUAAUUCAAAUUAAAUACCUUUACCUUCCUUUACAAGGAAGCAAUAAAAAGUAAAACGAAAGAAAAUGAAAUUUUAUCUGUAAAAAGAAAUUAAAUUUUUAUUAUAAAAAAAGAAUAAGAUAAAUAUUUAUAUUACUAAACAAAAUAAGAAAUUUAUUACAAAAUAUAAAGUUGAAAAUAAUUAGUAAAUAUUUUUUUUUAAAAAUGGGAAAAAUUGCAACAAAUUCUCAAGUGCCUGAGAAGAAAAAAAAACCACAACGAAACAAUAUAGAAAAUACAAAUUAUGUGCAAUUAUUAUUAAUGUAACUUUAUGAAAACGUUAAUCCUUAGAAUACUUUAUUGUUGAAAUUUCAAAAUAACUAUUAUUUAUGAAUGUUUGCCAGAGAAUGGUAUAUACUUAGGUUAUUAUUUAAAAAAAAGUCAAUACCAAAAAUCCAUAUGAAAAUCUGUCUCACUUUCAGUGACGUACAUAAUUUGUUUUUAAUUAUAGCUUUAAAAAAGUUAAGAGAAGUUUCGUAAAGCAAAAAAAAAAAAGGAAACUAUUUUUAAUAACGCGAAUUUAUUUUCUGCGUUUCGUCACUGUUCACCUCUACGAAUUUAAAAAAAUUAUAAUUUUAUAAUUGUAGUAUAUUUGUUUUUUUUUACACACAUUUUAUUCAAAAUACUCAUUUAUUUGUAAAACUCACAGUAUUAUUUAACUAAAUUGUAAGCCAAAUAAAAAUAAUACGUAAAUUCUA